AUGGCCUUCUGGGACUUAAGUGAUAGUCAACGUAUGGGCAUUGGAUUAAUUGGUUUUGCAUUUUUUUUUAUUCUUCUUGGAUUUGCUCUUUUCUUUGAUCGAGCUUUAUUAGCACUCGGUAAUAUAUUUCUUAUUGUCGGUGUUAUUCUUUUAUUAGGACUUGGUCGAGCACGAACAUUUUUUGUACAACCUGAUCGUUUAACUGGUUCAGCUUGUUUUUUUGCUGGUAUUGCUUUACUUCUUCUUCGUUGGCCAAUUGUUGGUGUUAUAUUUGAAAUCAUUGGAUUUUAUAAAUUAUUUGGUGGAUUUUUACCUGUUGUUAUAUCAGUAACUCGAUCAAUUCCUGGUUUUGGUUUAAUACUUUCUUUACCUUAUAUUUCAACAUUUAUUAAUAAAUUAGAAGGUACUGGUAAUAGAAACUCAGCAUCAAAAAAGUCUGUUGUUACAACCAUUCCAUCAAAUCCAUCGAAAUCAGUUAAUAUUGGUCAAGAACUUGGUAGUCGAAAUAUGAAAUGA